UUCUGCGUUUAUUCAGUUCACUCUCUUUUUUCCGUUGCCUAACAAUUGCGCACAUGUAUCCUCCGGGUCUUUCAGCGUUGUAAUGCCUGGCCCGGGCUCGAGACAUGCCUAAGCGACGAGAUGGGCCAGGGCGACGAGAAAGACCGUGUUGUGAUUAACGUGGGAGGGAUUCGACACCAGACCUACCGCAGCACGCUGCGCACUCUGCCCGGCACUCGUUUAGCCUGGCUCGCCGAGCCCGAUGCCCACAGUCACUUCGACUAUGACGCCCAGAUCGACGAGUUUUUCUUUGAUCGCCACCCCGGAGUUUUUGCACACAUUCUCAAUUAUUAUAGGACUGGCAAGUUGCAUUGCCCCGCUGAUGUUUGUGGCCCUCUUUAUGAGGAAGAGCUGGCCUUCUGGGGCAUCGACGAGACAGAUGUGGAGCCCUGCUGCUGGAUGACAUACCGGCAGCACCGGGAGGCCGAAGAGGCGCUGGACAGUUUCGGCGGAGGGCCAGCUGAAAUGGGCAACGAUGAUAUGGACACAGAAGUUUUGGGUGAUCCAGGGGAUGGAGACGAGGAACUUGAGAUGACUAAACGCCUGGCCCUCGGC